AACAUACGGACAACGUUGUAGUUGCCACUUACCAGAAAAAGUAAACAAAUACUAAAACUAGUUUUACACAAUAAAAAAAAACUAAACAAUGAUAUCGUAAAAUGCUGAUUCCGUUCCAAAAUUUAUUUUUUUAAUGUGACUUUUCCGACUUCAGUGCCUACAGUUGUAAAACUCGUAUAUAUAAUGAAUUUGGGGGGCACUAUUCAUUUGAACAAAUCUGGUAUUUGUGUUUUAUUAGUUAUAUCGCUGAUUUUAUUUUUAUACUCAAUUUCAAAUGGAACUAGAGGCAAUGAAACUGUUAAACCUAAGAAAAUCAAUUUGGGCAAGCUUCUCAAAGUAGCAAUUAAAACUGCAGAAAGUGGUGGUAAGAAAGUAGCGAGCGCUAAAAAUUUGGUUGUAAAAAAUAAAGGCCUAACAAAAGAGGGUCUUGCUGAUAGAGUAACAUCUGCUGAUUUAGCAUCUCAUUGUGCAAUGUCUGAAAGUAUAAAGUAUUUUUUCCCGUCUGUUAGGGUAAUAUCCGAAGAAGCUGAUAAUAUUUGUGAAGAAGAUCCGUCUUUACUUUCUGAUUUGAAAAAGUUCUCUCCUCAAUCACCGGUAGAUGAAUUUGUUGAAGAAGGCGAUGUUACUGUAUGGAUUGAUCCAUUAGAUGCUACCUAUGAGUUUACUGCAAAGAUGUAUACUUUUGUAACUACAAUGGUAUGUGUUGCCGUUAAAGGUAAACCUGUUAUUGGAGUCAUACAUAAACCAUUUAGCGGGAGCACUUCUUGGGCUUGGGUUGAUAAAGCUAAAUCGGUUGAUUUGAAUACUGUGUUAGAAAAAAGCAGUUCCAAAAGUUAUCUGAAUGUUAUAAUAUCCCUGUCUCACAAAGGAGAAAUUGAAAAGGUAUUGAAUAAUACUUUCCAUGAUAAGGUACAUAUCAUCUCUGCUCCUGGUGCAGGGUAUAAAGUUUUGGAGGUAGCUACUGGGAAAUGUGAUACCUACUUACAUAUCACUGCAAUAAAAAAAUGGGACAUAUGUGCUGGAAAUGCCAUUAUCGACUCCCUUGGAGGUAAAAUGACAACUAAAUCCGGUCAGAUGAUCGACUAUCUAGGUAACGAAGUGAAGAAUGAUGAUGGAGUGAUUGCUUCCAUAAGGCAUCACGAUUUGUUUGUAAAUAAACUUUAAUUGUUGUUUCAUUUUCUCAAGUGUAAUAAAGUUACAUCAAA